ACAAGUCAGUUCUUCCGGGCUCUGAGGCCUGGCUUUACGACUCUCCUCAGCUCGUACUGAAACACCAGGGGGAGGAACUUUGACCAGCGCUAGUUAGCUACCAGCUAGCUGCUCUCUCUAUUAUUUUCUUAUUUUGUGUGCUGUUGCAUAUGCAGAGCAAUGUGGUUUAUUUAUUUACUGAGCUGGCUGUCGCUGCUCAUCCAGAUAUCCUUCGUCACGUUAGCAAUAGCUGCUGGCCUCUACUACCUGGCUGAACUAAUAGAAGAGUACACAGUAGCCACCAGCCGAAUAAUAAAGUACAUGAUACUGUUCUCUACAGGGGUGCUGGUAUGCCUCUAUAUGUUCGAAGGCUUUCCAAUGUUGAUGGUGGGAGUCGGUCUCUUCACAAACCUGGUUUAUUUCGGACUCCUGCAGACCUUCCCCUACAUACUUCUGAGCUCCCCAAACUUCAUCCUCUCCUGUGUGUUGGUGGUGGUGAACCAUUACAUGGCCUUCCAGUACUUUGCACAAGAGUAUUACCCAUUCUCAGAGGUGCUUGCCUACUUCACCAUCUGCCUGUGGGUGAUCCCCUUUGCCUUCUUUGUGUCGCUGUCAGCAGGAGAAAAUGUUCUCCCGUCCACCAUGCAGCAAGGAGAUGAUGUAGUAUCUAAUUACUUCACCAAGGGCAAACGGGGGAAGAGGUCUGGGAUCCUCCUGGUGUUCUCUUUCCUGAAGGAGGCAGUGCUGCCCAGCCGACAGAAAAUGUACUGAAGGCUUGAGAGUCUGGGGCGCUGCCUCGGGGGUCAGUGGGGACGUGCGAGUACGUGUUGAAGAUCAAAGGGGAAGCAGGAAGGACAGUGGAAAUUGUUUCUGGAUGGGACUAAAACGACGCUGUGGCCAAAUGGGGAAGAAAGGCUUAUUAAGAAAUAAAUAACUUAAAAAAAAGGACGGACCAAUGAACAGAUCAGAGCUUCCUGCUGGACGAGCCCGGCGAGUUUACCCAGGCCACGUCUGUCUGUCUUUGUCUUUCUGUCUGUACUGACUGCCAGUAACACCCACCAGAGACCUCGUUGUGGGGAUCCUAUGUGUAGCGUGAUGCUUUCAUGUCAAGUUGGACUCAUUUUUUUUAAAGCUUUAGUAAUAAAAUAUCUACAUGUGGGGUUUAAAAAAUAACAA